GGUGAACCAGUCAAGAGUUGCGACAGUGUUUGGUUAAGAUCAUCACUCUGAACUGAUUUGAGUACUUGCGCCGUUAAAUCCACGGUUGUUUAUCGCGCGCGUAUUUACGCAUUUACCCAUUUACGCAUUUACGCAUUUACAUCUUCACAUCUUCAAUAACAGGCAUUAUUAAAUACUCGCCUACCAGUUGAACUUGGUGAGUUUCCCUUGGAGAAGAGGCAAUAUGGAUUUUGUGUAUCUUGUGUGUUUGGCGCUGAGCAUCGGUGCGUGGUUCGCCUGUGCGGAGAGACACAGCGUCUACUGGAACAGCUCCAAUCCAAACUUCCUGUGGGAUGAGUACGCAGUGGAAGUGCAUAUCAACGACUAUCUGGACAUCGUCUGCCCCCACUACAGCCACGGCGAGGUGUCACCGCAUGCAGCUGAGCGCUACGUGCUGUACAUGGUGGAGAAGGAGGACUACGAGGUGUGCAAGCCCCACUCCUUCGACCAGCUCCGUUGGGAGUGCUCGCGGCCGUUCGCUCCCCACGCCCCCGAGAAAUUCUCUGAGAAAUUCCAGCGAUUUACUCCCUUCACCCUGGGCAAGGAGUUCAGGCAGGGAGAGAGCUAUUAUUAUAUCUCCAAGCCGAUGCAUCACCACGGACAGGACUGUCUCAGGCUGAAAGUGGAUGUUGUCGGACUUAAGGGCUCCGGAAAAAACAACGUGGAUAAAUCCAAGGGUGAAGAUACAGGAAAAAGCUUGGAUGGAGGAAAAGGGAAGUUUCCUAUUGCUGGAGGAGUUCACAACCCCUCUAACCGGCUCCCAGCAGACGACCCUGCUGUGAUGGAGCCAAAAGUUCAGAGGAGCAUCGGCAGUUCGGGAGCACAGCUGGUCUCCUUUUCACUUUUCCUGACCUUGAGCUCAGUACUAUUAGCCCUGAUGCUACAAUGAGGCGGAGCAACACAACAGAGACAACUCAAUGCCGGCCAUUGGGACCAUGAAUGAACGAUCAAGAGAUUUUUUUUAUACCGAUUUUUUUUAUACAAGCAUGGACUCCUGUCAGUGUGCGUUUGUGUGUGUGUGUGUGUGUGCGUGUGCAUGUGAAAGGAUGUGGAACGUGGAUCGUUCCAAAGAAGAGGACUUUUUUUAUUAUUAUUAUGAGGAUAAAAGUUCUCAUCUGUGACCAUUUUAAAGUGCACUCUUUUUUCCAUUUUGAACAAAACUACAAGCAAACCGAUCAAAGUAAUGGAUUGAUAUCAAAUUGAAAAUGGCAAGCGGUAUAUUGUCUUCAUCAUCCUGCGUUUUCACCAUUGGUACAGAGUUGAAUUACGCUCCUCAUCUCCAGCUAUUAAUGUAAUUUUUCUUCCUCUACAUGUCGAGAAAUGAUAUAUUAUGUGUAUUUGAAAUGUUGUCUUCUACUGCCAAUGUGGAUGUUAGUAGCACUCAGCUCCCUGAUGUAUCUGAUAUCUCUUUAAAUCUGACACAAAAGCAUUCACACGACUACUCAAAGCAUUCAACAUCACACAUUUGUUCUCCGUUCAGUUAUAAAACGCAACAAGAAACCAUUUUUUCUAAUUCUGACCGGUGGUUCUCAAGCUUCUUUUCGGCUCAUGAUUUACCUCAUGAUUUGCGUUUACAUUUUAUGCUGUAUUUGAUUAUGAACGUAAAAGGAAAUGGACCAGAAUUCAUUUGGGCCCUAGAAAUAAAAAAAUAAGAAAUUGUGUCACAAAUCCUUAGACUGCCAUGUUUUUAUAAGAGUUUGUGAAACGGAGCGUGAGAUCCACUCAUCAGAGGCGGAUACAUUGAGAUUUAAGAACUAGGAAGGGUUCCAGGCAGCUGAGCCUCUUCUGUACUUAUUCACUUAUUUCUACUGCAUGGUACACCGGCUGCUGUGCAGAUGUGAUUCCACUUGCACAUUGUCAAACCUCAAACUGAAGGGACUUCCCAGAAUGCAUUUGCAGUUUUUUUUUUUUUUUUUUACUGUGUAUAUGUAAAUGUGUAUAUAGAGAAAGCUAUAAAACUGUUUAAAGAUGUGAAAUAAAAAAAGUUGUGAUGUAAUGAAA